AAGGUUAAGUUAAUGGUCAUGGAAGCUUAAAUGUAACAAUUUCGCAUUGAAUCAAAAGCCUCUUUUUCGCAUCUCUUCAUUAGACUCGGUUUUGUAGCAUUAUCAUUUAGCAUUUAGCAGUCACCUUUGUCCUUUGCUGCCUCAAAGGAUUCAUUCUUUUCGUCAUGUAUAGAGCUGCAGCUUCACGUCUCACCCUUUCCAAGGGCAAUGGGAGAACCUUGGGAGCCUCCAGAUUUGCCACUUCACGAGGUUUAUUCAGCUGGCUUACUGGGGAAUCUUCCACUUCUCAUCCUCCUCUUGACACCCCACUUAGAGGGAUUUCCCUGCCACCUUCACUGCCAGAUUAUGUUGAACCAAGCAACACCAAGAUCACAACUCUCUCCAAUGGUCUAAAAAUAGCAUCAGAAACCUCACAGAGCCCUGCUGCCUCAAUAGGGUUAUAUAUAGACUGUGGUUCCCUCUAUGAGACGCCAUGGUCAAGCGGGGCGUCACACCUUCUAGAAAAAAUGGCUUUCAAGAGCACAACAAACCGAAGUCAAUUUCGUGUUGUUAGGGAAAUAGAAGCAAUCGGUGGCAAUGUAGGAGCCACAGCCUCUCGAGAGCAAAUGAGCUACACUAUUGAUGCUCUGAAAACCUAUUCUCCACAAAUGAUUGAGUUGCUGGUUGACUGUGUGAGGAACCCAGCCUUCUUGAAUUGGGAGGUCAAUGAAGAGCUUGGAAAAGUAAAAACAGAGGUUGGAGAACUAUCAAACAAUCCCCAGGGCUUACUUUUGGAGGCGGUUCAUUCAGCUGGUUUUUCUGGAGCAUUGGCUUAUCCACUUUUGGCUUCUGAAUCAGCACUGAACAUAUUAAAUGGCCCCAUUUUAGAGCAAUUCGUUGCUGAGAAUUAUACUGCACCUAGAAUGGUUCUUGCAGCAUCUGGGGUUGAGCAUGAAGAACUUUUAUCUGUUGCUGAACCACUUCUCUCUGAUCUACCCAGUGCUCCCCGUCCCGAAGAACCAAAAUCUACAUAUGUUGGGGGUGAUUUUCGUCGUCAAGGUGAAUCAGGGGGUGCACAUGUAGCUAUUGCUUUCGAAGUGCCUGGUGGCUGGAAUAAAGAGAGAGAAGCUAUUGUUUUGACAGUUCUACAGAUGCUUAUGGGAGGAGGUGGGUCGUUCUCAGCUGGAGGGCCCGGAAAAGGGAUGCACUCAAGGCUGUAUCUCCGUGUCUUGAAUGAAUAUCAGCAGAUUCAAUCUUUUUCUGCUUUCAACAGUAUCUUCAACAACACAGGGCUAUUUGGCAUAUAUGCAUACACUAGCUCUGAUUUUGUGGCAAAAGCUGUGGAUUUGGCAGCCAACGAAUUAAUAUCACUUGCUUCACCGGGAGAAGUUACACAGGUACAGCUUGACCGUGCCAAGGAAUCCACAAAGUCUGCAGUUCUAAUGAAUUUGGAGUCCAGAAUGAUUGCAUCAGAGGAUAUAGGAAGGCAGAUAUUGACUUAUGGAGAAAGGAAGCCAGUGGAGCAGUUCUUAAAGGCAGUAGAUGGAAUCACUUUGAAUGAUAUCACUAAAAUUGCUCAGAAAAUUAUUUCCUCACCUCUCACUAUGGCAUCCUAUGGAGAUGUUAUCCAUGUCCCUAAUUACGAAUCUGUUAACAGCAAGUUCCAUGCAAAAUGAAACUGCUUUUCAUUCUCACCAAGCCAAAAUAAAUCCUGGAGAGAUUUUUUGUGCGGAUUUGAGAUGAACAUUUUCAGUUUCAUUUUGACUUGAGUAGUCUUUCCCCCCGACGUAUAGGUGUAUGAUCUGGCGGCAUUUUUAUCAAGUAAUUACUUUUUUGUAUUUCAUUUAUUAAUUAUUUUCAACAAUAACUGCUAUGGUUGCAAAAACAAUUUGUUUUAUCUGUCAUCUUUCAAGAAAAAAAAAAUAUUUCUAUUUA